AUGGUUAAUUCUAUUUAUGAAAUUAUAAAAUAUUUCCCCCAAUGUAAAAAUAAAUUAGAUUAUUAUAUUAGUCAAGGUGAAGCAUCAUACUGGAAAAAGAAAUGUGCUCACAAUAAAUAUAAUCAAUUAAAGGAUGGUGUACCCGAUUAUGAUAAUAAAUGCCAAUAUGUUAUGCAAUAUUUAGUUGAUGUAAAUUCUAAUGUUGUUGAUGGCAUAAAAGAAUCUGGUUUAGAAUACUUUUAUUAUUGGAUAUAUGAUAGUGUUUUGGGAAAGAACGUAAAAAGAAUUGACGAUAUACAAAAUAUUUAUGAUCAAUUUAUCCAUGUGUAUCAGGAAGAAGUACCAGAUCGUAAAGGAAUAAAUAGAGAUUUAUUCGAAAAUAAAAAGAUACAUAUGAAAGAUGUUGAUUUUCCAAAACUCGCAGCUACAUAUGAUAUGUUCAUGUAUAUUAAAGAUAAAAAUAGUAAUAAUGGAAACUAUAGUGAAGAUAAUAUUUUAAAAAAAAUCGAAGAACUUGUAAAACAAUAUAUUAGUCAAAUGGAUACUUCGAGUAGCGUAAUUCAACUUCCAGAAGUCUUACAGCCAUGCAAAAGAAAUAUUAUUAUUCCAAUUAUUUCUACAAUUUUAGUAAUGCUUUUAACAUCCAUUUUUCUGUUCUCCCUUUAUAAGCAUAAAAAGUUCACGACAUUCAGAUCAUGGAUACGCUAUGUUAUGGGAAAAAAAGUAAACUCGUGGAAUGAUAUUGAUGAAGAAGAUAAUAGAUACCAUGGAUCUGAAAUAUUCAGCACUAUGUCAAGACACAAUACACAUAACAUGUUAUAUCAAUGA